AUGGCCGACACGAAAGAAAAAAAGGAAGUAAGAAAUAAAGAAGAAAGCGGCAACUUCUUCUUCUUCUUCUCUUCUUCUUCUUCUUCUUCUUCUCCCAUAUCUUCUUCUUCCCCUUCUUCCUUCCUGCUCCUCCUCCUCUUACUUUCUUUUCCUCUUCUUCUUAUUCACCUUUUUCUUCUUUCCCUUCUUCUCCAUCUUCUUCUUCCACCUUUUCUCCCCUUCUUCUUCUUCCAAUUCUUUUUCGUCUUCCUCUUCUUCUUUAUCCUCUUCUCCCCCUUCUUCUUUUUCUUCUUUCUUUUCCUCCUUGUUACCCCUCACUUUUUUCUUCUUCCCCUUCUUCCAUUCUUCUUCAUCCUUUUCACCUCAUUCUUUUUCUCUUUUCUUCUUCUUCUUCUUCUUCCAUAUCUUCUUUCUUCUUCCUCCUCCUCCUCCUCUUACUUUCUUUUCCCUUCUUCCUAUUCACUUUUUUUUUCCUUCUUUCCAUCUUCUUCUUCCUCCUUUUCUCCCCUUCUUCUUCUUCAAUUCUUUUUCGUCUUUCUUACCCUCCCGUUUUUUUUUUCUUCUUUCUUUUCCCCUUGUUACCCCUCACUUUUUUCUUCUUCCCCUUCUUCCAUUCUUCUUCAUCCUUUUCACCUCAUUCUUUUCUUCUUCUUCUUCUUCUUCUUCUUCUUCUUCAUCAUCAUCAUCUUCUUCUUGUCCUAUCCUUUCAGACAGUGA